GGGAUAUGUCCAGCUGUGUAGACUGGAUGUCACGGCUACCCGAGAAGCUUUUGGAUAUGCCCUUGUCAACACUUGCUAUACCCGGGAGUCACGAUACAAUGACGUACUGCUUGGACCAACAUUCGCCAGUGCUGCCAUCUCAACCCAAAACACUGAGAUUCCUGGACAGCAUAAUACCUUGUAUCAUACGGCCUUGCGUGAAUAGAUGGGGCACGACUCAGGAAAGGACCAUUUCAAGUCAGCUUGAUUCAGGCAUUCGGUUCCUUGAUCUGAGAGUUGCCCAUAAGAAGAAAGAUUCCAAUAAAACGUUUUACUUUGCCCAUGGAAUAUACUCUCUCUGGACAGUUAAGGAGGCUCUCAUAGAUGUGGCCUGGUGGUUGGAGAAACAUCCCAAAGAGGUGGUCAUCAUUGCCCUGUCCUCUUUUGAUGGCCUAGACAGCAGCCAGCACCAGGAACUCAUCAACCAUUUAAAAAAUUUGUUUCUAAAUAAGCUCUGCCCGAACUGGGAAAAGCCCACACUGAAAACCUGCUGGGAUCAUGGUUAUCAGGUUAUUCUGUCUUAUGAUAACUCAUGUGCUGUUGGUCAUAAAGAAUUAUGGCCAAAGUGGGACUACUGGUGGGCUAACAAGUCAGAUCCCACACAAGUCAUCUCCUACCUGGAGGAGAGGAAAGCGAAAGGACGACCAGACAGUUUUUUUGUAGCUGGCCUGAACAUGACUGAAGACGCGAGAUAUAUUCUUCUCCAUCCAUGUCGGUCCAUGAGAAUCAUGACUAAGAAGGCCUAUCCGAUCUUACUGAACUGGGUGAAGGACCAGUGUCCGGGCUCAGGCAAAACUUGCAUCAACAUCAUCUGUGCAGAUUUUAUAGGAUUUUCCAGUAAUGUCUUCGCUCAGAGCGUCAUAGAAUUAAACCAGAGACUACUAAAAGAAGAUAUGGGAACAUGA